ACAUGCACAGGUCUGUGUACCGAGGAACAUCUCCCUUCCCGUCCGGGUUCACUCUUAGGCACCCCUCGGCCUCCUAUCUGCCAGUCACCUCCUCCAGGCAGCCUGUGCUGCUUCCCUUGGGCCAUCUGCUACCUCUAGGGGUAGAGGCCUCCCCCGGUUCAUCCCAGCGUCUGCAGAGCCCAGCGCGCGGCGGAUCCUGAACAGGGUCACCCAGCGCAGGCUGAGGGAGGAGUGGACCACGGCCAUGAGGGAGGAGGGACAGGAGGCGUCAGAGGGAGGAGCGUGGGGCGGAGGCGGCAGCGGGAGGGGGUGCGCGCUCCGGCGGUGGCUGCCCAGGGCCGGGGCCGCGCGCCCAGCCUGAGCCCGCCCCGCCGCCGAGCGUCACGGAACCUGCUUGAAAUGCAGCCGAGGAGCCGGGGCGGGCGGCAGCGGCGGCGGCGGCGGCGGCGGGGGCAGCGGCAGCCCCGGCGCCGCGGCAAGGACUCGGCGGGCUGAGGCGCGGCGGCGGCACGGGGUGCACGGGGCGCGGCGGCCGGAGCCCGGGGCCCGCCAUGGGCUGCCCCGAGCGGGGCGCGCUCCGGCCGCUGGCGCUGCUGCUUCUGCUUCUGCUGCGGCUCCAGCAUCUCGCGGCGGCGGCGGAUCCACUGCGCGACGGCCAAGGACCGGUCAAGGAGUGCGAAGAGGACCAAUUUCGGUGCCGGAACGAGCGCUGCAUCCCCUCCGUGUGGAGAUGCGACGAGGAUAACGACUGCUCGGACAACAGCGACGAGGACGACUGCCCCAAGAAGACCUGUGCGGACAGUGACUUCACCUGUGACAAUGGCCACUGCAUCCACGAGCAGUGGAAGUGCGACGGCGAGGAGGAGUGUCCCGACGGCUCCGACGAGUCCGAGGCCACUUGCACUAAGCAGGUGUGUCCCGCAGAGAAGCUGAGCUGUGGGCCCACCAGCCACAAGUGUGUGCCCGCCUCAUGGCGCUGCGACGGGGAGAAGGACUGUGAGAGUGGAGCGGACGAGGCCGGCUGUGCCACCCCACUGGGCACCUGCCGUGGAGACGAGUUCCAGUGUGGGGAUGGGACUUGUGUCCCUGCAAUCAAGCGCUGCAACCAGGAACAGGACUGUCCAGACAGAAGUGACGAAGCUGGCUGCCUGCAGGGGCUGAACGAGUGUCUGCACAACAAUGGUGGCUGUUCCCAUAUCUGCACUGACCUCAAGAUCGGCUUUGAGUGCGCGUGCCCAGCGGGCUACCAGCUCCUGGACCAGAAGACCUGUGGCGACAUCGACGAGUGCGAGGACCCAGACGCUUGCAGCCAGAUCUGUGUCAAUUACAAGGGCUACUUUAAGUGCGAGUGCCACCCUGGCUAUGAGAUGGACACCCUGACCAAGAACUGCAAGGCUGUUGCUGGCAGAAGCCCGUCCCUAAUUUUCACCAACCGGCAUGAAGUGCGGAGGAUAGACCUGGUGAAGCGGGACUACUCGCGUCUCAUCCCCAUGCUCAAGAAUGUCGUGGCGCUGGACGUCGAAGUUGCCACCAAUCGCAUCUACUGGUGUGACCUCUCCUACCGCAAGAUCUAUAGCGCCUACAUGGACAAAGCCAGCGACCCAGCAGAGCAGGAGGUCCUCAUUGACGAGCAGCUGCACUCUCCAGAGGGCCUGGCAGUGGACUGGGUCCACAAGCACAUCUACUGGACUGACUCGGGCAAUAAGACCAUCUCAGUGGCCACAGUCGAUGGUGGCCGCCGACGCACUCUCUUCAGCCGUGACCUCAGUGAACCCCGGGCCAUUGCCGUCGACCCCCUGCGAGGGUUCAUGUAUUGGUCUGACUGGGGAUACCAGGCCAAGAUCGAGAAGUCUGGGCUCAACGGUGUGGACCGGCAAACGCUGGUGUCAGAUGGUAUUGAGUGGCCCAACGGAAUCACCCUGGAUUUGCUGAACCAGCGCCUGUACUGGGUGGACUCCAAGCUGCACCAGCUGUCCAGCACUGACUUCAGUGGAGGCAAUAGGAAGAUGCUGAUUUCCUCCCCUGACUUCCUGAGCCACCCUUUUGGGAUAGCCGUGUUUGAGGACAAGGUGUUCUGGACAGACCUGGAGAAUGAGGCCAUUUUCAGUGCAAAUCGGCUCAAUGGCCUGGAAAUCUCUGUCUUAGCUGAGAACCUCAAUAACCCACAUGACAUUGUCAUCUUCCAUGAGCUGAAGCAGCCAAGAGCUGCAGACGCCUGCGAGCUGAGUGCCCAGCCCAAAGGAGGCUGUGAGUACCUGUGCCUUCCUGCUCCUCAGAUCUCCAGCCACUCUCCCAAGUACACGUGUGCCUGUCCUGACACCAUGUGGCUGGGCCCUGACAUGAAGAGGUGCUACCGAGCGCCUCAGUCUACCUCAACUACGACGUUAGCCUCUACCACAACGAGGACAGUAGCUGACACCAGAGCCCCUGGGACCACCGUCCACAGCACCACCUACCAGAACCACAGCACAGAGACACCGAGCCUGGCAGCAGCGGUCCCAAGCUCAGUUAGUGUCCCCAGAGCUCCCAGCACCAGCCCGUCUGCCCCAAGCCCUGCAACCAGCAACCACUCCCAGCACUAUGGGAAUGAAGGUGGCAGGAUGGGCUCAACAGUCACCGCUGCUGUCAUUGGGAUCGUCGUGCCCAUGGCGGUAAUAGCCCUGCUGUGCAUGAGUGGCUACCUGAUCUGGAGAAACUGGAAGCGGAAGAAUACCAAAAGCAUGAAUUUCGACAACCCAGUAUACAGGAAAACAACAGAAGAGGAGGAUGAAGAUGAGCUCCACAUAGGGAGGAGUGCUCAGAUUGGCCAUGUCUACCCAGCAGCAAUCAGCAGCUUUGAUCACCCACUGUGGGCAGAGCCCUGCCUUGGGGAGACCAGAGAACUGGAAGACCCAGCCCCUGCCCUCAAGGAGCUUUUUGUCUUGCCGGGGGAACCAAGGUCACAGCUGCACCAACUCCCGAAGAACCCUCUUUCCGAGCUGCCUGUCGUCAAGUGCAAGCGAGUGGCAUUAAGCCUGGAAGAUGAUGGACUGCCCUGAGGAUGGGACCACUCCCUUCGUGCCUCAUGGAAUUCAGUCCCAUGCACUACACUCUGGAUGGUGUAUGCCUGGAUGGAAGGGUUUAUAUAUAUAUGAGUCUGUGUGUCUGUGUGUAUGUGUGUAUGUGCGUAAUUUUUUUUUAAUUUAUGUUGCGGAAAGGUAACCACAAAGUUAUGAUGAUCUGCAAACAUCCAAAGGAUGUGAGAGUUUUUAUAUGUAUAAUGUUUUAUACACUUUUUAACUGGUUGCACUACCCAUGAGGAAUUCAUGGACUAGCUACUGCUGAGUGACUAACAUGAUGUACAUAACCGAAAGGGGCCAAUGGUACAGUAGCUUACUCAUCAUUUAAAAAUUAUAUUUACAGAGGGUAUUUGGUUUGGGGGGCUUCUUUAGGUUUGGGAGUUUUGUUUUUUUGUAAAUAAAAUGAUUAUGCUUUGUGGCUAUCCAUCAACAUAAGUAAAAAAAAAAGAAAAAAAACACUUCAACUCCCUCUUCCAUUUAGAUUAUUUAUUAACAUAUUUCAAAAACAAGGUUAGUUCUAUAAGUAAUUUAGAGACAUAUGAGAGUAUUUAUUUUUGGUAUGACUGGCCCACUGCGCAGACUCUGUGUGCAUUUAUGUUUAUGUGUGCGUGUAUGAGAGAAAAAUCUGUAGAGAAGAGGUGCAUCUAUGGCUGUUGUUCCAAUACAUAAAGAUAAAUAUAUUUUAAAACAGUCCACAAGAGGGGUGUCUGUGGUUUUCAGAAAAGCCUUUGUAAAUCUGGCUCAGAAAACAGGUACCAUGGUUUGUGCAAACAUGCAGUGGACAAGGCAGGUCUUUUCUACCCCUGGAGCCCCCGUCAGUCAGGAGAAGCCCCUCAGCUCACCCGUGGCUGCUGUGACUCUCACCUGGGCUUUCUCUCCGUGGCCAAGGCCAGUGUACAGACUUCACAGAGCACCAGGAGUUCUCGGGAGCGCAGGUGAGACCGAGCCUGAACCUCGGCUACUCCUUGUUUUAAAGUUCAGCAUUUCGAGUAGUUUCGUUUUCCUUUAGGACAAUGUGGGUUGAAUUCAUUAGGUUUCCUCUAAGCACCCCAAGGGUGCCAUCCUUACUUUUACAGAGAGCUAAGUGGAGAUGUUUCUAGAACAGCCCAUGUUUACUCUAGGGACUGGCUCAGGCACUGACCUCUGAGUAUGCAUGGGUGAGGAUAAGGACGGUGGGACAGGUGUCAUUACAUCUUUACUUCUCCCUGCCCCUUACUCUACCAUUUCCUUUAGGUGGGGAAAACAAUUUAAAGUAAUACAUCGGUUUGUUACCAUCAGGUAUUCAUAUAGAUGAAACUAAUUUUUGGCUUAAGUCAGAAAAAGUGGCCAAACCUAAAGUCCUAUUUGAGGGGGAAAUGGCAUAUGCAAUACUAUAGUCUAUUGAUAACAUAUGUUCACAUAGGGAUUUGGUUUACUGCUUUGUGAAUAAAAGGAAAAACUCUGGGUAUAUGUAUAGAUUUUUUUUUUUCAUGGUGGACACUUACUUUGCUUUUCCUGGGCCUUGGGGAGGUGGGAAAAAGUGAGCUUUUCUCUUUGUGGGGGUCUCCCAUUGAAAACAUAAUCCUACAGUCGCAGAAGGAAUUCAGUCCCCACUGGCUCUUAUCCAAGGUGUGGUCUUUUCUUAACUCUACUGUUCUGCCACUUCACUCCCACUGGACAACCAGGGACAAGGUGUGACAUGGAAGUGUUUGGCUUACGUAGGAACAGAGGACUUGUAUCUAACCUUAGCAUACCUGGAGCUUGACACUUUUAAGCAAAUUCCUCCCCUCCACUCCCCAGCUGCCCCCAACUCAGAGAAGCUUGGAUGUCUUACCAGCUUGAUGUCCUCUGAAUUUCCAGGCAGACGUUCUGGAGUUCUGUCACCCGUUUUGUUCCUCGGACCUUUCUCUACGUCACUCAUGGUCUUCUAACUUCUGAGAAAACAACUAUGUUCUGGAGCCUGGGCACUGUGCUUUGCAUAAACAAGCAAUUUCUUCAUGUGUUGAUUGUCCUGAAGCAUUCGUCAAGAGGCUAAAUGCAGUUGACCUAGAAUGACUAAUACCGAACAGAAUUUUAAGAACAGGUGGCUAACUCCUAUUGAACUCAGUCACUACUAUUCUUUCAAGGAUGGAAAGUGAAAUUAUUUUUUUGACUGAUGAAAUUAUAAGAAAAAUGAUGAAAUUUAUACAAAGCAAGCAACUUUUUCUGUAACCUGCCUCCAAAGAAAUUGAAUUUCCUGGAGGAAAUGAUAACUGACUCAUGCAGAGUCUCUAAACUUUCAGUCAGAUCCUGGCUUUCACAGGAUCUCAUCCUGAGACCUCAAAAUGAUGGUGAAACACAACUUUCUGAGCUAUUAUCCAUGUUUCCUGCAUACGCUACAACUACAGUUUGAAAGAGGCAGCUAUGGGAACAACUUACCAAAAAAAAAUCUGCGGAAUACUCACGUGUUGAACGUUGAAUGGCAGUAAAUUAGAUGAAAUCUGAGGGGUCAGGUCCAUCCUCCCCUAUUCUUGGAGGCAUUCUGAGGUGCAGUUGCAACUCUGUUGCCUUUUCCCCCUGUGCCAUCAUCUGUCUACAGCCAAUAAUGGAUCAUAGAGUCAUUGGACUACAGGGCUGGAAGGAAGCUUAGAGAUAAGAUCAGGAGGGCAGAAAUUUUAUCAGACUUUUUUUUUUAAUUUUAAAAGAAACUAGUCCCAGUCCUUUUCCUCCCUUUCCUUUCCAGGAGACUACUUUGGGCUGCCCAAACAUUGUAUCAGACCUGCUACCAAUCUUAGAGCCUAUCUUUCCAGUGGAAUUAUGAAGGCAUUGGCAGAAAUGCCUUCCAGAAACGGAGAAAACUAAAAUUUUAUUUAUUUACUCUUGAUAGCAUGAUUAUUUAUAAAACAGAUUGAGGUAACCUGUAACCUCAGACUGAGAUUGGAUUUAAACUCAGCAGUAACUACUGUCUCUCCCUCCAGAUCUAUGUGAUUGCAAAAUGUAUGUUUAUUCACUGAAACCAUUUGCUAGCUACCAGCUAAGUGCCAGGGACUGCAGGUGUACAGGUCAGUCAUGUUUUCUGUCAUUACGAACUCACAAUAGCAGUAGAAGAAGACAUAUGUGCAAAUAAAGAAGGAAUAGGUUCUCUUGAGAGUACUGUCUGGGCACAAAGAGAGAGGUCGUUUCUGCCUGAGGAGAUGAGGUCAAGAAAGGCAUCAUAGGAAAAGUGACCUUAAACUAAGUCUUAAAAAUGAAGUAGGGGUGUUCAAGCUGCUUCAGGCAGAGGAGACACUGAGUUAGGACACAGAAGCGUGAACCAGCAUGGCAACCUUAAGGAACUGUGUGGAAUUCAUUGCAGUGAGCAAAAGGCUCAAGGGGGACUUAGCCAGAAAUGAGGCUGGAUGGAAAGACAGGUUCAAUAUAAGCACUUUAUAGAAUAUUUCUAUUUAAUUUCUGACACAAAUAAUCAAACAUUUCUUGGUCAUUUAUUGUGUACAAGGCACCAAGUGCAUCACAGAAAAUGGAUCAGCACUUUGCAGGCAUGACAGUCUUCAGCCUCAAGCCUACCAGUGGCCAAAGUGAAACUGACUGCUUUUCAUAUAUUUGAGUCGAAGCUUUUUGAUAUGGUCAGUGAAGACUAAUAAAGGCAAAGGGAUUUUCAUAAGCAUUCCAUGUUGUCAGGAGCCUCUGAGAUUUUCUCAACAGUGAAAAAGAAAACUGGAAAUUUUGAAGACAUGGAGAGGGGACCACAAGCACUGUCCAGUCUGGUGCUGGUGGGCCUGGGGAGAGGACACAGGAAUGUGAACCUCUCCACCCCACUCCCUCACCGCAGCCAUACAUUCAUCAUUUCACAGAAUAUACAUGAGUUAUCAGUUAAACGCUUCAGAGUAAAUACUUUUUUCCUGGCAAUGCAUGAAGAUAAGAGUAUCGGAGUCUUCUCACACUAUUUUUAGGGUAUUGGGGAUUUUCAGGGUAUGGAGAACUUAGAGGUGGAGGAAUUACAGCUUCAAAAUUUCAGUUAAUAUAAGAAAUCAGGAAGUUUGUUCAUUCAGGCUAUGCACCAUGUGCAUAGUCAAGAAUCAGCAGAAAUCCUCUGCGUUUGCAAACACUUUGUGCUAUAAAAAGUAAUUUUAAAAAGCCACCUGUAUAUGUAUAUAUAUAUAUUUAAAUACAUGAAGGUUUUGAUACUUUUUUACAAAAAUUACAAGAGAAAACAAGUAUCUGUACAAACCAUGUGUUUUAAAAUAGCAUUUUGUUCUCUACAAGCUGUUGUUGUGGCAGUGAAGGACUGGUUUGCAAACUCCAUCACAUUGUACCCAAACAAAUUUCCCUUGUUUGUCUCCCCCUUCCCCUGACACCCCCACAUGACCAUAUGUGAUGUAACAGGCAUGUUAGGAUGUUGGGUCACGCUAACCAUUUCUGCUUUUGUCUUGUCUUUCCGAGUUCUGUUAGUUUCUAUGCUCAGUGCCCCUUGCAGUCUGGUUUCUCUUCCAGCGGCAAAGGGUGGUGUGCUGCAUCUUACUAGCUGUACUGAUGUCUUCUUGGUGAACUAAAAGCCAAAUGUGGACAUUUGUAAAAUCAGUGCACUGUUUCUAGAGAGACAUUAAACUCAUUUUUUAAAAAUCCGAAA